UCCAAUGCGUUCUUGAUUUGGGAAUUUGCAAGAAACCUAGUACGUUCUCGAUUUGGGAAUCAUUUCUGUGGAUGUUUUGACCAAGAAAGAUUGAUCUUGGACUUGUGUGUUUGAAUCUUUGAUUAUGGUUGCAAUUUUAACAGUGCACAGGCUUGGAAAGAUUCACGAAUGUAGGUUCUUGUAGGUGUCCAUGCUUAGAAAGAUUCGUCAAUUUGGAUUUUCUGCAUCGUCUUAUACUUGUCUAAUACCCUGCAAAUAUACAACCUACUGUCUCUUAGAUAACAAAAAGAAAUGUGAGAGUUGAUAGCAUAUAUUAUGCUUUCCCUACUUUCUUGCUAACUCUGUUGGGGAUGCCAAUGAUUUACAUGGUCGGUCUUAUGCAAGGCUUGUAAAAUCAUAGCACUGUUAAAGUCCUAUAUGAUUGCCUCUUUCAGACGUAAGCUGGAAAAUAAAUUAAAAUUUACUCCCUCCAUCCCAAAUAUAAUAUCGUUUUCCAAGCUAUAUUGUGGGACGGAGGGAGUAUAUCUUGCUUCUGCACCUCUUUAUAUUCCAUAUUGAAAUGUCCCACACAAAAAAUUCCAUAUUGAAAUUUGCGUGCUUCUGUGUGUGGAGUUGUGUUAUUGAUGAAAAGUUUUGGCUUUGCUCGAGCAAACCCAUGACUUCUAUCUUUGCAUACUUUUUCUUGGACGUGUACAUAGCCCAGGCCGUCUUUAGAGUGUAGCAUUGUACUAUGCUAAAUGGCAUUUGUUCAUAGUCACUUCUUAUGGAUUUCACAUUUAGCAGUCCAUGUUAUCUUUUGGCUUUAUAUGAAUUUUAGCAUUAUAAAUUAGCCAAAUGUAGAAAAAUAGAAUAUUGGCAUAGAUAGGCAGCAACAGAAACAUGAAUAGUCUGCACCCUUUUCUUUUCAAAAAGGGUGCAAUUCCCCGGCCCUAUGAAAAUGUCUGUACCUGUGAAGGUCUAGCUGAGAAUUUUGUUUGUCACAAAUCUUGCUAAUUUAAAUGUCAGAUAUUUAUUAUCCAACAUUUUUAGAAUUCCGUAUAAACUUAAUUUGAACCGUACCACCAAUUUCUUUGUUAAAUAUUAGAUUUGUUGCCAGCUAUGCAAUGGCUACUUUUUUUUGUUGCAUUUUUACAAAGCCGAUGUUUACAAUCGAUCUUAGGUAUCAAUAACAGAUACUGUUAUCAGAUAAGCUACUCUACAAUGGUUUGCUUACUUUCUUCAUGAACCCUCUUCUAUGCUUGAAAUACUUAGUGCUCUUGAAGUCCCAUAUGCUUGGCUCUUUCAGGUAUAAGGUGAAAUUUUUUGUUGGCUGUAUAAAAUUCACCAUCUCGUAGAUGUCAAAACAAAAUGUGAGUCCACACCAGAUAUUAUAAGUUCAGCUACGCUUGGUGGUUUCUGUAAUUUCUUGCUUAGUCCAUUGGGGAUGUCAAUGGUGCUUCUUCAUUUACAUGACCAGUCUUCUUUGCUUCAACUUCAAGGCUUGUAAAAUCUUAGGGCUGUUAAAGUCCCACAUGAUCGCCUCUUUCAGGCAUAAGGUGGAAAAAAAUUAAAAAAAUUGUCUUGUGCACCCCAGUAUAUUCCAUAUUGAAAUGUGUGUACUUCUAUCUGUCGAGUUGUGUGUUAUUAAUGAAUAGUUUCGCUUUGCUCAAACAUAAGUUUGUAGCACACCAAUAUUUACAGUUCUUUGCUUUCUCAAGUUUCCGCUUUUCUUAUAAGAGCUCUUUUACAGUACCCUGGUAUUCCAAAACCAUACACCGGAGUACCAAGCAUAUCUGGCCGUCCAUGGUCAAGGGCUGUUUAGUCAUUUCUUCUAUGGUAAUUUGUUUUUUUUUUCAUCCUCUGGUGGCUACCGUCCCGAUCAUUCAGCUACCAGAACAAGAAAAUCCCGGAAGAGUGGCGGUGCCGCCUUCAGCCGAAUACACUUCUCCGCCGCACGCUGCUCUGCCCUCCAGCACCGAUCGCUCAACUCCGCAGCUCGUAUGGCAUAUCGUGUUGCCCCGGGCGCGCCGAUUGAUUUGUCUUCGUGCCGCUUGCUUGAGAUUGAUUUCUCACGCGCUGACGUCUGGAUCAGGAAAACUAGGAGUACGGAUGAAAUCAGGGGCAGCAGAUUCGUCCUCAAUUGAUUGCUCCCGAAUACUACUGAAGUUGUUAAUUCAUGUAUAGAUGAACUAGAAUAAUUUGUAGAACGAGUAUGGCUGUGAUGAAAUAGCAGGCGAGACAUUUUUCUACUAAUUCGUUCAUACAUCCAACUUAAAUUUCUCCCAGGAAACGAUCAGUCAUGGGGACCUGAACGGCGUGGGUCUUUUUCAGGCUCAUCCCCGGCUCCUCGCCCACUACGGACAUGCAGCAGCUGCCUUGGGACGGCAUGCAAGUCGCUCCAACCCCAGGGUGGUGGUGCCGUGGUGGUGGCCGGCAAUCCAAGCACCGGCCGCCAUGAAUAAAAUAGGGUUUGGUAAAAACGAAUGACUUGUUUAGAUGCUGAAUACUCGGAGGUUACCGGUGGGAGAAAAAAGACACAAAAAAGAUUCUGGAAGCUCCUUUUUGGAGUCACGAGGCAUCUGAUGCUGUGAGGGCUUCUUGGAGAGACGAGUACGAAGCUUGUGAUGAUUUUUCUAUGGUUUUGCAGACAUCACAAAAUGGCUGCAGAAAAAUUCUUCAAAAGGAACCUUUAUCAUCUCUACCGCAUGAGUUUGAAAACGAAAUUAUGAAAGAUAAGGCCAAAAAGCUUUUGGCUAAUUACUCUGAAUAUCGGAAGGUACCUGGAGAUGGGAGUUGCUUUUACAGAUCGUUCAUAUACUCAUACCUGGAGCAGCUUGUGAAAGUAUCUCAUGAGGAGGAGCUACGUUUACUUGGUGCACUUGAACCAAUGUGGGAGAAAUUCCAAAGGCUUCAUUUGCCUGGUUCAUAUUCUGAUCUUCAUGAUCCUUUUGUGGGCUUUAUACUGGAAUGUAUGGAACAAAAACAAAAACUGUCAGUAAGUGGCUAUCAAGAGUGGCUUUUCCAGGAGAGUCAAAAUGAGCAGAAGUUUGCGAACAUACUUUUGUAUCUUCGACUUGUGACAGCUAUUGAGAUAUGCACUGAGGUUGAAACUUUUAAGUCAUACAUAACCGAACUUGGUCAAGGAAUGCCUGAUGCAAUAGGGUACUGCCUGGAGGAGGUUCUCCCAGUGGAGGAAGAUGCACAACAAGUGAAUCUCACUGCGCUCACCAAUGUCCUACAGGUGCCACUUCGAGUUGUUAACAUUGACGUUUCACCGAUUGAGGAGCUUAACAUCCACAUCAUCUACGAGUCACCAGAUUCCUCGGUUCCUACUGUGACACUACUGUAUAGACCAGGGCAUUAUGAUAUCAUCUACGAGAAGUCAUAGCUGUAGACUGUAGUAACAGAUAUCAUAUGACAUGUCACGGAAGAGUUGCUGGCCGCGUUGCGAUAUACUGUACUCUUGUUGUGUACAUCAGCUGCACAUAUGCACUAUUACUGUUUUCCUUCCUUAUAUAUGUGGGGUGAAGAACUACAGGAAAUUGCAUU